GCCUUUAAACAACCCGGAAGAAGAAGACUGCUCUAAACAGGAUAUUACCGUGAAACUAAGGUUAGAAUUUCUCUCUCACAGCCAUCUUGGAUAUAACGUCCCGAGUCGCAACCAUGCCUGGUGAAGCUACAGAAACUGUCCCUGUCACAGAGCAGGAGAUGCAGCAGCCUCAAGUGGAGACCGCUACACCUCCUGCCCCAGCUUCCACCCAGAAACCUCAGGCAGCUUCUGGCCCUGCAAAGCCCAAAGGCAAAGAUGCCAAGAAUGUGCAAGGUUCCUCUGCCCCAAAGGCUGUUCCUGGCAGAAGAAAACGUUCCUCCAUGUCUGCCUCUUCCUCUUCUCCCACCUCACCAAAAUCUACUUCUUCUACUACCCCGCUUUCACCCGUACCAUCUCCCUUAGCUACCUCACCUGGCCUCACUAGUGAGGCAAACCGCUUCACCCCAAAAGUUGUCAAGGCUGGCAAACAAGGAAAAGCUAUGAAAGGAGAGGCAUUUGUGCCUGCUCCUGCUCCUUUGGAGUGCAAGGUCACACCAGCAAAUGAAAACCAUGUAGAGGCUAGCCCUAAGCAAACUGUAGUUGAAGCAAAAUCUGCCCCAGUUGAGCCAAACAAACUCCAAGCAGCUGCUUCAACUCCUGUUGCAGCCCCAGUUGCUUUUAAAGUUACCUCAAAGCCUGCUGUGGCAGCUCCCGUUUCAUUUUCAGAUACUCUUGCCUCUAGCCCUCCCGCAUCAGUUGAAGUUAAGCCCGCUCAAUCAAAAGCUGCUCCUGUUAUUGCAGCUGCUGAUGAUGAUCUCCCUCCACUUAUCCCACCUGAGAAGCCAAUUAAAAUGCCACAACCUGUACCCACUGUAGAGGUGAAGGUAACAUCCAAACCGGAUAUUGAGCCCACGUCCGUGCCUGUAAAGGUUGUCGCAGCAGCAAUGGUUAAAUCUGCCCCUGUUGAAAGUGCUAAAGUUGUUGCUGAAGCCUCAACUGCAGCUGUUGAGGCUGCUAAACCAGCUCACAUUGAAACUCCUAAAACAGCCCCAGCCAAAAUUGAGGCUGUUAAGGAGGCCCCACCAAGCAAACCUUCUCCUGAGCCAGCUGCUGAGGCCAAACCUGUUCUUGUGGAGGCUGCUAAGCCAGCUGCUGAGGCCAAACCUGCUCCUGUGGAGGCUCGUAAGCCAGCUGCAGAACCUAAACCAGCGGCCGCUGAGGUUACCAAACCAGCCCCUGUGAUGGGUGCUAAGCCAGUCAUUGAGGCUGAAUUGGUUAAGGCGGCACCAGCUGUGGUUGUCAAGCCUUCCAAACCACUAGCUGAACCUUCAUCUGCUCCCUUAAAACCUGCUCCAGUUGAGCCUGCUGUUCCUAUCCCAGCUCCCCUAAAACUCACAUUUGCUGAGGCAGUUGCAAAACCUGCCCCUGUUAAACCUGAGGUUGAGGUAAUUGGUAAAACUCCUUCUGAAUCCGUCUCAACACCCAAACCUGUCCCCGCACCUCCUAAAACUCCAGUCAAGGUGGAGCCUGUGAUCAAGAACGACAAGGGAUCCGGUACAGAGUCAGACAGUGAUGACUCAGUCCCUGAGCUGGAGGAACAGGACUCUGCACAGACACAGACACAGCAAGCUCAGCUUGCAGCAGCUGCCGAAAUAGACGAGGAGCCAGUCAGCAAAGCCAAACAGAGCCGCAGUGAAAAGAAAGCACGAAAGGCAAUGUCGAAGCUUGGUCUCAGGCAGGUAACGGGGGUCACCAGAGUCACUAUUCGCAAGUCAAAGAACAUCUUGUUUGUCAUUACCAAACCAGACGUCUACAAGAGCCCUGCAUCAGACACAUACAUCGUCUUCGGUGAAGCUAAGAUCGAAGAUCUUUCCCAGCAAGCCCAGCUGGCUGCCGCAGAAAAAUUCAAGGUACAGGGAGAAGCUGUAUCAAACAUCCAGGAAAACACACAGACGCCAACAGUACAGGAGGAGAGCGAAGAAGAGGAGGUGGAUGAGACCGGAGUUGAGGUCAAGGACAUCGAGCUCGUCAUGUCACAAGCCAACGUGUCGCGGGCGAAGGCUGUACGCGCCCUGAAAAACAACAACAACGACAUUGUCAAUGCUAUUAUGGAGUUGACAAUGUAAUGGGACCCUGGCAAUAAAGGGUUGAAGUAAGGUUGCUGAUUUAAGCUCGUUUAUACAAUUUAUACCCAAGAUGGAAAUAAAGUUGUGGCUUGAUAAAAUUAA